AAAAGCAGAUUGUUGGAUACUUUCUUUGCUUCUUCUUGCUCUGCGUAGUGCGAAUGGGCUUUUGUAAAGUAAUGCGAAUCACGCUGUUCGUCUCCAGCGUGUUACAUUUUGCAAGUCCUCUCUCGGCAUUUCAGUUCCCCCUCUGAGAGUUACUCUGGAUAGAGAAAAAUGACAGCUGAAGCUGAAGUCAAUUUCACAGAGUCAGGUACUCUUUUGAAUCAUGAUCUGAGCUAUCGUAGAGACGUUUUCCUCGGACCUGACUUCCAUUCUUCUGCGAACCGCAUUUACGAUGGAUUUUGACACCGCUGCACGGUACACCAUGUCCUCUGUACAGUGCUGAUUUGGAGAGAUAACGUUCUCCUCGACUCUUCGGCUCAUGGUUGUUCAGGUCCCUUAAGGCAGUGAGCACACGAGAGUCUUGGAUUUUAUGCAGAACCUCAUUGUCUAGGACGUUUCCAUUCGUUGGAAUCUGGCCGGCAACCAUGAUCGACAUUCAGACUCUAACUUCUUGUUAUGGAACGCUUGACGAUGUGCUUUUCUGAUGUCACUGAAGAGCACCGUCUGCUUUCUUCUUCCGAGAAGUGGGAGUUUGUUGAUCUGAGAUUGUCAACAGAACGAGCUGUGCGGUCACGGGACGAUCUUCUGCAAUCUGUGCCAUCAUAUACGUAACAGCUUGGAUCAGAGUCUGCAGAGGCUCUUCGACGAAGAAGAGGGAAAAGAGCCCUCUCUUGCUCUGGACAUUUUACUGCACACUAGGAACUGCAUGGGAAGAUGAAAUCUAUUACUGGUGCUGGAGGUCGAAGCUUUGAAGGACGACGACCCCGACAGCCUGGCCACUUUGCGGAAGAGGUGGAAUCAGAUGAAAGCUUCGGCCAUAGGAGAUCACCGCCGAAACGGUCAUUGAGCUCGAAAGCACUUGUGGCAGCGGAUGAAGACGAGGACAAGUACCAGAAAGCUAAACUUUUUUCUCGGAAAAUUGGCAUCCUCCUGCUCUUCGCAGGUGCUGCUACGGUUUUGGUACUCCUGUAUCCAGGUUCUGGGAAUGGCAGUGAAACUGGUAAUCCUGAGGAACAGGAGCAGCAGAACGAGUUCGAGCACAAUGCCAUCUUCACCGAAAGGUCUGCGGAAGGUUCACUGCCAGGGUGCACAGCGAGCAAGUCGUCAUUGAGAGCGAGGUUUAUGUACUCAAGUUUUGGAACGGGUUAUUCGAAUUGUGAUCUCCCGAAAGGAGCAUCAGUUCUUCGUUGGAUGAAAAGUCAGUUUCCACAUCAUGGAAGCUUGAAGAUCGGGUUGGUGAACAUCGAUGGGGAGGACGUGCGGAAAUGGACCCAGUACACUCGAGGAUGGGGCAAGGUUCACAACUUUCCCUUCCGAUCAGCGUCCUCCCUUGGCUUGAACUGGUCCGAUUUCUACCCUGAAUGGAUUGAUGAGGAAGAGACGGAUUCCAUUCCCAAGUGCCCUCAUCUUCCGCUGCCUUCUGUAAGCAGUGGGGUCAAGCUCGACGUGAUCAUUACCAGAGUUCCUGGUGAUUGUGGUCCAGGCACGAAUUGGAGACGUGACAUCCGUCGCUUUCAGAUUCUGCUGGCAGCUGCAACCGUGGCCAGCCAAGCUCAGAGCAUGGUGGUCGUCAUCAUCAGCAAUUGCCGGCCUCCUCUUAACCUCUUCACCUGUGACGAACUUCUGAAGCGGCGUGAUGAUGUUUGGCUUUAUCUGGUGGACUUCCACGAGCUGCAGAAACGCCUGUCCGUGCCUGUCGGAUCUUGCGAGCUGGCCUUCCCUCUGGACCUACAUGCAGCCAAUUCUUUCGGUACAGAGGGAGGGUGGAGAAGCAGAAAAUCUUCGGUGAGAGCGCAUCGAGAGGCUUACGCCACCAUACUUCACUCCGAUGGGCUGUACGUGUGUGGAGCGAUCGUGAUAGCACAGAGCAUCAAGUUGACAGGGUCGCAGCGGGAUCUUGUGGCGUUGGUGGAUGCCAGCAUCACCGCGCAGCAAAGGCAGGGCCUGCAAGACGCAGGCUGGAAGUUGCAGGACAUUGAGAGGAUACGAAAUCCCAAGUCUGAGCCGCAGAAGUACAAUGCAUGGAAUUACAGCAAAUUCCGGCUCUGGCAGCUCGUGCAGUACGACAAAAUAAUAUUCAUCGAUGCGGAUCUUUUAGUCCUGCGCAACUUGGAUUCUCUGUUCGACCUGCCCGAGCUCUCGUCCACGGGCAAUGACAAGUAUCUGUUCAACUCCGGUGUGAUGGUCAUCGAGCCUUCCAACUGCACCUUCAACCUGCUCAUGGAUCAGAUACCCGAGGUCGAAUCGUACAACGGCGGAGAUCAGGGAUUUCUGAACGAGAUCUUUCCGUGGUGGCACAGAAUUCCCAGGCGCAUGAACUAUCUGAAGUUCUUCUGGUCGAACUCGACGGAAGAAAUAAUCGAGAAGAACGAGCUGUUUCAGGCCGAGCCUCCUCUCCUCUACGUCAUACACUAUCUGGGUGUGAAGCCAUGGCUCUGCUUCCGAGACUACGAUUGCAACUGGAACACGGAAGACUCUCGGAAGUAUGCCAGUGACAUCGGACAUGCUCGCUGGUGGAAAGUACACGACUCCAUGUCCCCGGAGCUUCAGCAGCACUGCAUGCUCCGUACCAAGCAAAAAGCGCAACUCGAGUUCACCAGAAGGCAGGCCGAGGCCGCUCACUUCGAUGAUGAGCACUGGAAGAUCAACAUAACGGACCCCAGGCUCCAAAUCUGCAACGAGAGGUUUUGCUAUUGGGAAAGCAUGCUCUGGCAUUGGGGCGAAAACCAAACCGUAACAUUGCCGGCGGCGCAAAGAAAGGCUUCCGGAGCUCGCCAGCAGCAUCUACCAUCUUGACAACUGCAAAUCCAUUAGAAUGACUGCGUAUAUAUCAGCUUCACGUCGCUCCUUCGUGUCAAUGUUGUGCGCUCAUCUUGUAAAAGCCGGUCGACUCGAGCACAUGUGCAUUUGACAGAUGUGAGAACGGGUAGCAGUAGAAAGAAAACCAGGCUUGCUGCGAUCAGUGUAGACUAUUCAAUUCGGCUUGAAGCCGACCAGACUUUUGUUAUCCUCGCUCAAAGAGCAGACCCUGCCUUGUAUUUGGAAGCAAGAAUAUUACUCACCUUACUUCAUUUUUGUUCCU